GAUUAAGAGGUGAGACUGUGCGCUCUGUUUCUUUAAGAGGACAGCAUGGCUUCCUUCAGCUGGAUUCACCACCAUUGUCAUACAAUUCAACAGGAUUGAAGCAAGAAAGUGCUACCCAGCUUCUUCCUGAUUCCAUAGACUUCCAUGAACAAACCUGAGCUGAGCCUGGACCCACAAAGACGUCAACAAGACAGAGCCUUUGGGAUGGCUGUCCCCCAGAAUGGUCAGUCCUCCCUCGUCCAAAGCUUGGCCACACUCCUGCGUAAUGAUGGCGACCUGGUGUUGGACGGCAGCAGCACCCUGACGUUGCCGGCCACCACCUUGCAGCAGCUGACCCGGCUGUUCGAGCAGUACCUGCUGUCAAGGAGCCAGGCGCAUGGCUUCCUCGCACUGCCCUCACACCCUGCAGACACCACCUCGCUGCUGCAGCUGCAGUUUCUGUUUGAUGUCCUGCAGAAGACCAUCUCCCUCAAGCUCAUCAACCCUCCAGCAGAGAGGCUCCAGUCUGUGGUCAAAAUCUUCCCGUUCAAGUCGUUGAAGUGUUUGGAGCUGAAGCGAGUCCCUCCUCACUGCCUGGAAGGACUCAGAGGAGUUUACUCCCAGCUGGAGAUCUUCACGUGUUCAAAGAGCCUCAGCUCCCUGGAGGAGCUGCUCUCCCUGUGUGGCGGCGACCUCAGCUCUGCGCUGCCUUGGCUGGAGCUGCACACCCUCAACUUCAGCUACAACUCCAUCGUCUGCCUUGACCAGUCACUAAGUUUACUGAACGUCCUGAAGUCGUUAGAUUUAAGCCACAACAAGAUCCAGGAGUGUGCAGAAUUCCUAAAGCCUCUGAGUGAACUGGAACACUUAAACCUGGGCUACAACUGCCUGCAGAGGGCGCCAACGCUCGGCCUGAGCGCCAGAGCCAAACUCCUCACACUCAACCUCAGGAAUAACGAGCUGGAGACCAUAAACGGCGUGGAGCAGUUAUCGUCUCUCCAGCACUUGGACCUGGCCUACAACCUGCUGCUGGAGCACUCCCAGCUGGCUCCGCUGUCCCUUUUGCACAGCCUCAACACACUGAACCUAGAGGGAAACCCACUCGUCUUCCAGAAGUCGCAUCGCAACUGCACAGUCCGACAUCUCUCCCCAAAGGCCGCCAACCACAGACUCAGACUGGAUGGCACCCCGCUGUCUUCAUCUGAGAUAUCAGUAAGUCUGUCAGUCAGUGUGUUAAAACCUCAGCUGGUGAAUCCAAGCAUCUUUUGUUUUUGUCAUCUGACAAUAAACCUCCAUGUUCAGGUUCUGCCAAAACAAGGUCAGCUGAUCGUCCAGGUGCAGCCUUCACCUCAGGUCUCCAGACCACCUGAGAGGACCAACCAGGAGGCGUCGAGUGGCGGCGGAGAGCUGAGUGACAGCAUGUCGGUCGGGGAGGUGGGAGUGUCGAGGAUCCGGAAGAAGAAAUCCAGGAGUAAGGUGAGAGUGCGGAGAGCCAGCAUAUCAGAGCCUAGUGAUACAGACUACGAGUCCAGACCUCUCCCCUCCUCGCAGGGUAUCGUCCUUCCCCACCAGCAGGAGAUCGAGCGCAUGUCCAGCUUCAGAGACCAGAUGGGUGAAGACUGGCUGAGGUACCAGCACCAUCUAGACGGAGCUCCCCCAUCUUCAGACUCCUACCAGCCCCUCCAAAACGGCCUCAACGCCACCCCAUGUCCCUCCACCAGCAACGGGCCUCAGCCGUCCCUGGAAGUCCCAGAGGUCCUCCCCCCUCCGCUGCUCUCGUCCGAGCCCAAGUUGGAGACGUUGGACUUGGACGUGGACCUGGACCUGGAAACGGAGUCCACGCUGCAGUGGGCUGGUCACAGCUCUCGGCUCACAGAGUCCACGCUGGAGGAGAGUGUGGUGGAUGGACCGGGGAUGAGCCAGGGAAGUGCCAGCAUAGGUGAGCCGAGUCCAGAGUCCAUGAAGUCGGCCAGGAGGGAGAGUAGAGACACCAAAGAAGACGAAGAGGAGGAGGAUCUCGGAGUGGACCUGUGUCACCCUUUGCUGGUGGGCGUCCUGUCUGACAAAGAAGAGGAAGAUGCAGGAGGUGACAAAGAGAAGAAGAGGAAGAGGAGGGAGGUGUUCCUGCGGGUCAAACAGGGUCUGGUGCUGGAGGUGGACAUGCAGCGAGGACGGGAGAGAUGCCGGCUGGAGCUGGGCAGCCUGGCGAGGGUGCAGACCACAGAGGCUGCGUGGACCAGAGGGGAGACGGAGGAGAUGCUUCCAGCUGUGGAGCUCCAGUUCGACUACAUCAGCAGGGAGAAGAGAUGGAGACGCUACGUCCUGCUGGAUGACGACCCACAGCAGGCCCUGCAGGCUCUGACUGAUGUGCUGUCCCAUGUGGCCGAAGAAAACCAGCGGCGUGACUCUGAGCUCCGCCCCAGCAGUGUCCGCCUGCAGUGCCUCCGCUGCAGGUCAGAGUUCACGCUCCAAGGAGGGGCCGCCAAGGAGGAGGCUGGAGGGAGGAGCGGGGAUGAUGAAGGCACAGAAAGCAGUAACAUUUGUCCAGACUGUGGCAGCGAUCAUGUGGUCCAGCUCGCCGUCCAGUCAGCUCCAUACACCAGCACCCCGAUCCGCCAGUCAUCGAGACCGGACAGCGAGGACGAUCAUCUGGAUUUGUCUCAGAGCCUUCGGAGCAUCACUAAGGAUGAUCAAACAGACGCCAGCAUCAGCAGCAGCCCGCUACACGAAUCCACGGCAAACACGGAGGAUCAAACCUUCGUUACUGCACAGGGAAGCACCUUCUACAUCGGGGACGGGCAGGGCGACACGUCCAGCUCCAGCGUCUUCUACAACACAGAGUCCCAGAGUAAGGAGGAGCUGGCCGGGAGCUACCACUACAGCGCUGCAGGUGCUACUCCACCUGAAGUCCCUGCACAGCCUGCAGGAAGAGCCAACCUGACUGACGGCCUGGACCUCCUGACUGAGGACUACGAUGCGGUGGACCAUCGGCUGCAGCUCUUCCUGGACGUGGAGAUCUUUGAGGAAGAGGAGCACCUUCAUUCUUUCUUAAAGAUGUCGGCUGUCAAAUUCGGGGAGCCGGGGGAGGUCCCCUCUCUGCUGGUGGUGUCAAACAAGAGGAUCUAUUUCUUGGAGUUGAUGCCAGAAACACGAGGCCAGCUCUCGGAUUGGCUGCAGAAGCGGGACAGCCACCCAAUCAUCGAGCUCAGCUACCUAGAAGUUGGGCUCGGCUCUCAGACCAUACACAUGGAAUUCAGUGGCGGCGGCAGCAGCAGCAGCGGGGGCGUGGCCUAUACUCUGCUGGUUCGAGACAGCCUACGAUGCAAGCGGUUCUUUGGCUUGUUGACAGGAAUCGUCCGUGAGAUGGCCCACGACUCCGACAGCAAGCUGCAGUCCAUCUCCACCACCAGGCUCAACCCUCAGCACCACCUCUGGCCGCUGGUGUGUGAAGACAUCCAGGCAGACGUGGAGGACGGUCAGCUGCAGUUUUUCUACAUGCUGGCUUUCAUCCUGCAAGAGGAUCUGUGGACCCCCCUUACAGUCCUCGCAACCCGGGAAACCCUGUACCUCCUCAGAGAGGACCACCAGUGGACCAAAGGCUCGAACGGCCAGACAACAAACGAGGACAAAGAACCGAGCAGCGGGAGCGUGACUGUGUUAGAGACACAGCCAAUCAGCUGCGUGAGCUCCGUCCAGCUGUGGCCGUCUGAUCAGUGCAGGGUGGACAUCCAGCUUUACGACGAGACUGUGAAACAGGAGAAGACGUGGUGUGUGCACUCAGAGAGCACGGAGCUCCUCCAGGGUCUGCUGGCCUGGGUCAGAGCGCAGUGGGAGGCCAUGUUCGGCGUAAAACUGGACACACGCUUGCAGGACAAAGCAGCAUAACGGGGACGGGCACAUGUUACAGACUCUGUGGUUGUGUGUGUUUGUGUGUGUGUGUGUGUCUUGUGAGCAUUGUUUGCAUGUUGGUACUGGGAAACGUUAAGUGAGCGUGAGUGAGUUUGUCUUUAUUUUCUCUCCAUGCAGUCUGCACUCAGUCUGCUCUCAUUAAGCUUUCUUUCAAGCCAAGAGCUUGGAAAUGAUUGCGCUCAUUCAUGUGGUACACAAGCCUGUAAAAGCACUGGUUGCAUAAUUCUGCCCUCCAGAUACCAACCCACUGGACUUCUCUACAGCUGAAAUGGAGUGUGCCUUGUUUUCUCUGCAGCUGCUGUGUUAUUUCUGCUGAAAUGCACCUGAAUGCAUCGCAAAUUGUUCUUCAGUCACCGCGCCGGAUUCAGGGUUUUGGGAGCUCAGUGAGCGUCGAGUUGAGCUUGACGGAAGCCCUUCCUUGCCGUCUUGAGGGUGCACUGAGUUGUGACAUCACGCGCUCAACACGAGGAAAGGGGGGCGCUCCCGAGAGGUCAGAGCUCACGACACUUGUCAUCGGGGGUCACAAAACACCUUUCCUCCCUAAUUAGGGUCUUGUGAUGUCUCUGCAAUGCAUCAUGGGAGCACUAAAGGAUGCCACAAGUGCAAAUCUGACACUCAAGAGUAAACAGUUCCAUUAUUAUCUUCAGAGCGUUGGAGCAGGUGUUUACGUCUGUCGUUUCCUAACAUGAGUGUGUUUCAGUUAAUGAUUUUCUCUGUUCUUCAUGGUACUAAAUCUUAGUUUCUCUGUGUAUGACCUGGUUUAAAAAUGUAUUGAGAAAUGUAGCUGCAUGAGUUUGGUUUGUAGCCACUAGUAUGUUAAUCAAUACAUGUUCCCCUUCAUGCAAAGAUGCAGUAAAGAUCAAAUCUAACUCCUCCCCGGUGAUUCAUGUUAACAUCUUUGACUUAAUUUAUUUUUUGUCAGCAUUUUUUUCAUUUUGGGAUAAAGCACAAAGUGUUUAUUUUUAUAUAUAAAUAUGAAACAUCUGAUG